CCUUAGCGGUUGCUGUAUCAUUUCCCUCCUCCUUUUUCCUCCUCCUCUUCCUCCCCCCUCCUUCUCCCCAUCCCCUCCCUUCCUCUCCAAGAGUUCGAUGCGAUCGGCUCUUGGCCCUGCCGUGCCGAGCUCUCAGUGCGGGCGACAGCGCUGCUGAACAUGGCGUCAGACGGGAUGAUUUUAACAAACCACGACCACCAAAUCCGGGUCGGAGUCUUGACAGUGAGUGACAGCUGUUUUCGGAACCUUGCAGAGGACCGCAGUGGCAUCAACCUCAAAGAUCUCGUCCAUGACCCCUCACUGCUGGGGGGCAUGAUCAUGGCUUAUAAGAUCGUGCCAGAUGAACUAGAUGAGAUCAAGGAGACCUUGGUGGACUGGUGCGAUGAGAAGGAGCUCAACCUCAUCCUGACCACCGGGGGCACUGGCUUUGCGCCCAGAGACGUCACGCCAGAGGCCACUAAAGAGGUGAUAGAGCGUGAGGCUCCUGGGAUGUCUCUGGCCAUGUUGAUGGGAUCUCUCAACGUCACACCCCUGGGCAUGCUGUCUAGACCUGUGUGCGGCAUUCGAGGGAAGACGCUCAUCAUCAACCUGCCAGGAAGCAAGAAAGGCUCCCAGGAGUGCUUCCAGUUCAUCCUGCCGGCGCUGCCCCACGCCAUCGACCUGCUGCGGGACGCGGUGGUGAAGGUGAAGGAGGCGGCCGACGAGCUGGAGGACCUGCCGUCGCCGCCGCCCCCACUCUCGCCCCCGCCGCCGGCCGCCAACGGCUCGCCGCGCCGACAGACGGAGGACAAGGGGGUGCAGUGCGAGGAGGAGGACGAGGAGAAGAAGGACAGCGGCGUGGCGUCCACGGAAGACAGCUCGUCCUCGCACAUCACCGCCGCCUCAAUCGCCGCAAAGAUCCCAGACUCCAUCAUCUCGCGGGGUGUCCAGGUGUUGCCCCGGGACACGGCCUCCCUCAGCACCACGCCCUCGGAAUCCCCCCGCGCCCAGGCUACCUCCCGCCUCUCCACGGCCUCCUGUCCCACCCCCAAAGCGCGGCUCCCCUCCUGUUCAUCCACCUUAAGCAUUGCGGAGGCCUCACGGAGAGAGUUCAGGGCUCACCUGGAUGAGGUCAUCACACUCAAGUCAAGGUACUCUACCUUGGACCAGCUCCAGUGUAGGUUGGAGGGGCUUAAAGAUGAUCGCAGGAGGACCUUCAACUCUCGAGUGCAGUCACGAUGCAGCAGCAAAGAAAAUAUCCUAAGAUCAAGUCACAGUGCGGUGGACAUCACAAAGGUGGCCCGGAGGCAUCGCAUGUCCCCCUUCCCCCUCACCUCCAUGGACAAGGCCUUCAUCACUGUGCUGGAGAUGACCGCCAUCCUAGGCAACGAGAUCAUCAACUACAGAGACGGGAUGGGUCGGGUCCUGGCUCAGGACGUUUAUGCCAAAGACAACCUUCCACCGUUCCCUGCCUCCGUCAAGGACGGCUAUGCUGUGAGAGCGGCCGAUGGGCCAGGUGACCGCUUCAUCAUCGGAGAGUCCCAAGCUGGAGAACAGCCCACCCACACAGUGAUGCCGGGCCAGGUGAUGAGGGUGACGACGGGGGCCCCUAUCCCGUGCGGGGCCGACGCCGUGGUCCAGGUGGAGGACACAGAGCUGCUCCGCGAGUCUGAGGACGGUACAGAGGAGCUGGAGGUUCGUAUCUUGGUUCAGGCCCGUCCAGGCCAGGACAUCCGGCCAAUCGGCCAUGACAUCAAGCGCGGGGAGUGCGUGCUGGGUAAGGGCACCCACAUGGGGCCGUCUGAAAUCGGCCUCCUUGCCACGGUUGGCGUCACCGAAGUGGAGGUGCAGAAGUUCCCCGUGGUGGCCGUCAUGUCGACAGGCAACGAGCUGCUGAACCCAGAGGACGACCUCCACCCAGGGAAGAUCCGAGACAGCAACCGCUCCACGCUGCUGGCCACCAUCCAGGAACACGGCUACCCCACCAUCAACCUGGGCAUCGUGGGAGACAACCCCGAUGACCUCCUCAACGCUCUGAAUGAGGGAAUCAGCCGUGCUGACGUCAUUAUCACCUCAGGCGGAGUGUCCAUGGGAGAGAAGGACUACCUGAAACAGGUGCUGGAUAUUGACCUCCAUGCUCAGAUCCACUUUGGCCGUGUCUUUAUGAAACCAGGUCUCCCAACAACAUUUGCAACUAUGGAGAUGGACGGUGCUCGCAAACUUAUCUUUGCCCUCCCAGGUAGUAAUCCCGUGUCUGCUGUUGUUACCUGCAACCUCUUUGUCAUUCCUGCUCUGAGGAAGAUGCAGGGGAUAUUAGACCCAAGGCCGACCAUCAUCAAAGCCAGGUUGUCCUGUGAUGUGAAGUUGGACCCUCGCCCUGAAUACCACCGCUGCAUCCUGACCUGGCAUCACCAGGAGCCUCUACCAUGGGCUCAGAGCACAGGGAACCAGGUGAGCAGCCGGCUGAUGAGCAUGCGCAGCGCCAACGGUCUCCUGAUGCUACCUCCCAAAACGGAGCAAUACGUGGAGCUGCACAAGGGCGAAGUGGUGGACGUCAUGGUGAUCGGGCGGCUAUGAUGUCACCGCAGGGGGACCGAGAGAGCUUUCACAUGAUAUGAAGGGGUCAGAACGGGUGGUUCACGGUGCAUGUCCACAUAUCAUUGACUAUUCUGUAAUAUGCAACGGCACAGCUAGUUUUUAUUGAUUUGGAUAACGUUGAGGUAUAGUCAACAUCUUGAUCACAAAAACCUAGAUACAUAUGAAAAAGAAUAAUUAAUUUAAAGGAAAAAAAAAGAUUAUAAUAUUUCAAACAAAGGAAGUAUAACUUUUAAUGAAAAAAAAUCUAAUUAUAAAAAGAGAUUUAUUCUGUAAUAUAUUAUUAUGAUUAUUCUUCUUAUUAUUAUCAUUAUUCUUAUUAUCAUUAUUAUAUUAAGGCGACUUUGUUCCUUUCAUUGCAAUUGCUUUGUGUGUUCAACGCUAGACCUUAUCUAUAGCAGUAGCAUUUUAAUAGACAGCUGUAGGUGCCUGCCAGGACAAAAAAAGAUAAAACUAUUAUUUUCUCAUCUUUAGUGGAUUAAAAAAAAAUCUGUUUUUUGACAAUGAAGAAAAACUUUGCGGAGGAUUUCCCACGGUGCUCGGGGGGGUGGGGGGGAGGGGGGGGGGGGGGGGGGGGGGGGAGUGAAAAAGGGGGGCGGGUGAGGUGUGGAGGCGCCCGUCCGAGUUGACACUUUGGUUUUUAGUCCUUUCUUUCUCUCAUUAGUAUGCAUCAUAAUGGCUUCACAAAAAGAGCUUUGCUUGUUGUUUAUCUUGUGAGUCUUGUUUAUGUGCGCAGUGCCAAAUGCCUGGGCAGGGGGGUGGGGGGACAGGGUGGUGCUGGGAUGAUGGUGGGGUCGGGGGUGGGAUGGAGGAAACAGGGGGAUGGGCGGGGGGCACGGAAGUCAGGGAGGGGGUGACCGCCCUUGAGUCUGGCCUGCACAGACCACCUGAAGCCUCCUAAUAAUCACGGUGACCGGUUGUAAACACGCACACACACACACACACACUCACACACACACACACACACACACACACACACACACACACACACACACACACACACACACCUCACGUGCACACACAAAAAUAAUAGUACUACGCCCACCCAUCCCCAGCACCCCCAGCACCCCUCCCCCUCCCCUCCCCCCCCUCCCAGGCGAGCAGAACCACGGGGAAAUAAUAUUUUAUUUGAUCUACUAUCGAAGAACAAAAAAAGAUAGGGGGAAUAGAAUGAGGGAUAAGAAACAGCUUCUUUAAGUGCUGACAGCCUUUUUAACCAACUUCACAAAAAAUGUACAGAAAAAAGACAAAUAAGAAGAACCAUAUUGUACAGAUAUAUAGGUGACCAGCACUCCUAAAGAAAUUAUUAAGCAAUGAGGAGACAUUGAAGAACGCUGUACUAUAACAUUUUCUGUAAUGAUAUGAAACUGAUGAAAGAGACAAAGAUAAUAAAAAUCCUUGAUCAUUAUGUAAAAAAAAA